UCAAUAGGUUAUUCAUAAUGGAUUUAAUUGUUCUUUCCUGGCUUGUCCUGUGUGGUACACACCUAGCAGCAGGUGAACAGAGAGCGUGUACGUACAGUGGGGUCGUCUAUCAUCCGGGUGACCACUGGGUGGCGCGAGACGGGUGUAAUGGAUGCACGUGCACAAACUAUGGGACAGAGUGUGGGGGUUUCCAGUGUACGAACAACAACGCAUUAGGUACACCAGGCGAUUACUUGUGUUACUACAAUGAUAAGUAUUACAGUGUACAUCAACAGUGGACAGCGGUGGAUCACUGCAACACGUGUACUUGUACACCUCGCGGCAUGCAGUGCACGAUCAAACCGUGUAAAAACACGGGAUUUGCAACACCUCAGGUUGGUCGACUCGGUGACUGUAACUACCACGGAUCCUGGUAUCUCCAUCUGGACCAGUGGUUAGCGCGUGGUGGGUGUAACACCUGUGUGUGUGCACUGCCAGGAAAUUAUCUCGGCCUCCAGAUAUGCACUGAGAAUAAAUGCAGCGAUGUCAAUGUUGGAAAAUAAAUGACUUGCUGCCCACAGACUAAUAAAGGAAAUAAAAACGACAGGAGGCUUGUUUAUGCCUGUGUUCAAUCAC